AUGAAAGCUGCCAACUUGUUGAUAAGCAACAACGGCGUACUUCAGAUUGCAGAUUUCGGCUUAGCUCGGCCAUAUGAUGAGCCUCCACCUCAGCCCGGAAAGGGUGGAGGGGAAGCUAAAAGAGACUAUACCACGUUAGUUGUUACACGGUGGUACCGGCCCCCGGAACUUCUUCUUCAACUUCGACGUUAUACAACAGCUAUCGAUAUGUGGGGUGUUGGGUGCGUUUUCGGCGAAAUGUUCAAGGGGAAACCGAUUCUUGCUGGAAGCAGUGAUCUCAACCAAGCCCAGUUGAUAUUCAAUCUUGUUGGAACACCGACCGAGGAAAAUAUGCCCGGCUGGAGUUCUCUACCUGGCUGCGAAGGCGUCAAAAGCUUUGGGUAUAAACCAGGCAGUCUACGUGAGGUAUUCAAAGAUCAGAGUCCUAUGGCCAUAUCCCUGCUUGAGGGGCUUCUCAAGCUUGACUGGCGGAAAAGAAUCAAUGCUAUUGAUGCUAUAAACCAUCCCUACUUUUCCAGCCCGCCAUUCCCAGCCCGACCUGGGGAGCUCCCUAGUUUUGAGGACUCACAUGAAUUUGAUAGGAGACGUUUCCGUGGGCAACGAGGCGCCAUUCCCCCGGCACCUGCAGGAGGCUCUGUGGGUAUGGGUCCAAACAGUGGCUGGGCAACUAAUUCCGGGGCCAGACCAGCAACAGACAACAGAAAUAGCCGUAUUCCCGGUGCUGCUCGCGUUGGCCGGCUCCAUGCACACGCUAAUCAAAACCAUCCUACAAUGCGCCCUUUUGAAAGCCGGAAUGCUGUAUCGCAUGGGUCUUUAAAUGCGGGGGAGUCAUUUCCAGGCUUCUCGUUGGGUUCAAAAGAUGGCGGCUUGCCUCCUAAGCCUCCUGCAUCUGCUCGUCGACGCGUGAGAGAGGUCAACGCAGUCAUUUUGGAGGAUGGCCUGACGGGAAACUGGAUUCGUACGUCCCGACUUACAGUGACGCUAGGGAACAUUCUCGAGAAAGGAAAGGCAAUAACCCGAGUUCAAUUGUUGAUCGGCGUGAUCUGGAACCCGAACAAUCUAAUGAGGGGCAUAAACAGGGUCAUUCUUGGGACCGAUAUGCUUCAAGAAGACGAAGCCGGAGUCCUGACUUUCGAGCGGCAGCAGCAGAAGAUCGAGCAUUGUAUCGACGAUGAUAAGCUCGUAGAAACCGAUGCAGAGACGCUUUGCCAAUUGAACUUUGUGAGGCUCUUGUUGACCGGAUGA